CAUGGAAGAUGAGCUUCUUGGUAAACACAUUUCAUGCUCAAAGACUGCCUCUGUGCCUGGGGUGUCCUGCACCACUAUAAAAGCCAGUCCAACUGCAGGCUCCUUCAUCCACUUCUCUUGCCUUCUCCUCCUUGGUAAGCAAGGUUCACCUCCAUCCCACAGCCAUGUCCUGCUAUGAUCUGUGCCGUCCCUGUGGGCCAACCCCACUGGCCAACAGCUGCAACGAGCCCUGUAUCAGGCAGUGCCAGGACUCCAGGGUCAUCAUUGAACCAUCUCCUGUGGUGGUGACCCUGCCUGGACCCAUCCUCAGCUCCUUCCCACAGAACACCACCGUGGGAUCUUCAGCAUCUGCUGCUGUUGGCAGCAUCCUGAGUGAGGCAGGAGUGCCCAUCAACUCUGGGGGCUUCAGCCUCUCUGGUCUUGGUGGCCGCUACUGUGGCAGAAGGAGCCUGCCCUGCUAAAGCCAGGCUGGAUGUCUCCAGUGAGUGUGUGGACCAGGAAACCCAAAGCCAGGUGCCGGACUGAGGACAUUGCUGCUGGCCAGAGUUCCCAGAUGGGUUGAGCAUCCUUGUUCCCUCCUGAGAGGGAGGGAUGGAAGCAAGGUUUCAGCACGUGCUGUCUGGAAACAUGGCCAGUUGAUAUCUUCUUUUCCUGCUUUCUUUUUCACAUCAUGAGUCCCUGUUGCCUCCUGUUGUCCUGUGCUAUGAGUUCAUCCUGAAGCAAGCACAGAGGGUUCCUGCUCAUCGCCUUCUCCCCAUGGGUGUGGGAGGAAGGUGUUUGUCUUGAUGCUGUGAAGGGUGCCUGAGUGUCAGGUGCCGUGGUAACAGCGUGGACAGCAUCCCUUCCAGGAUGCACUGCUUUGUUUCUUUCUUUAGAUACAUUAAAGUUUAUGCUGCAUUGUA